GAGAUUACAAAAACAUGGGAUGGGACUCUGGAAUGGUGUGGUGCUGAAAUCUCGAAAGCCCUCCGGAGCGGCGAUAGGAAUAUGCCUUACGGCUGCCGGCAUGGACGUCUACCAAUAUCCAUCCUCUACAUCUGUCGCAAAUUCCACGAUGAGGCCACAGAUAUACUCUACGGAGAAAACACCUUCGCUUUGGCUUCACAUGAUCCAUGGACCUUGCAGCGAUUCUCGCAACUCAGUCAUCGAGCCUUUGCUGCAAUUAGGUUCCUGCACGUCUUCGCCAUGAAUUCGAGAUCGGCUGUCUCGAGCACCUCUGCGAAGAGAUGCGAAUACUUUGUUCGCUGUGAGAAGAUGUGGCAAGAUGUAUGCAUGUUGUUGAGCAUGCAUUGCACACCUUUCCAGCUAGAUCUCGGCUUCGAGUGCUACGUUAAAGACUUGCAUACCGCCAAGAUCGUACUGGCUUCUCUUAAGCAGUUGCCUAGCGUCCGUAAUUUGAGACUGAAGCUUGGGAACCGUCGCACCUUUCCGGAUAGCUCCAAAGAAGCGAUGUCGAGGCUCUUAAAAUCCACUGUGGAAGAUCUAACAAGAACGCCUCCUACGGUGCAGACGGACAAACGUAUUUCCGACGCCAGUUUUCCUUUCUUGAAAUUGCCAGUAGAGCUGCAGAUGAUGGUUCUAUCGCACACCGGCCUAGUUUUCACGAACGGAGUCGAGAGAUUCCACCACAUCAGCACAGACGUCCGCGGCAUACGACUCGCUGGCCGAGGGAUGACCGACGCCAUGCUAAAUGGAUGUUGUUGGGCAUGUAACAUAUCUAUGCCAUACACAUCCAUGCCGUGCUGCAAAUGCAUCUGCAAUAGGGAAGACCGCGUGCAGUACUCAAGUACUUGUGUUUGCAACCGCAACGCAGCUGCACUGUUCACUGUUAAUCGUCAUAUAUCCGCCCUCGCCGUCGAAACGUUCUACGGCCGCAAUCAAUUCUACAUUAGAGACAGUGCCGUAAAACGUAUAUGGGAAACUUUCACCAAGAUUCCACAAAAUCACCUACGACAUAUACGGUCUCUUCUUAUUGACGGCUACGGUGUCUCUGAAGAAGAAGAUCAUGGGCAAUGGCUGCUCCUCAUCUCAAAUAUUCAGAGACAGGCGCGCCACGACUUGCAUAUCAAGAUGAUUUUUACAGGGCAAUUCUAUGGAGACAUAUUUGGUUUACCCGCAUUGUGCGAAACCCUAGCAAGUCGUGAGGUUUCGCGGGUUUCGGUUCUUGUGGAUGCACAAUUGUAUGUUGGAAGUCUCGAAACUGAGAUCAAUUACUCUGAUCCUGAUUGUGAUGAUGGCGAGUCAUGGAACUUCUCGCAUUGGUAUCAAGGACGGCGACACACUGACGGCGGCAAAUCCCAGACGGACUUGGAAAUUUUUGACUUGAAAUGGGGGAAAUGGCGGGAAGCUAGGGUUGAGAGCAUAUAUGGACCCCCAAAGACCAUUGGCUGGAGUCCGUAGGUGCUGCGAGAAGAAGACCGUCGUGUCGAGUUGUACGACCACGAUGAAGCCAACGAUAAGGAAGAAAUACACACAGCCAGCAAACAGCAAACUCAAACGCCGAACGAACUUGGAGCAUUCAUCCUUUCGACUAUCGU